AUGGCUGAGGCGUACCUCAAGGUCGGCUUCCUGAACCCUAACACGGACGCGUACCUGCCCGAGACGGCCAACUACGGGCUGAUGGACCAGAUCGCGGCGUUGCACUGGCUGCAGGAGAACAUCGCCGUGUUCGGCGGCGACCCCACCAACGUCACCAUCGUGGGCCACGGCACCGGCGCCGCCUGCGUGCACCUCCUCAUGACGUCACGCGCCGUGCCCGACGUUUAUGGCCUGCACGAAUGA